UCUUCUCCAGUUUUAGGGCAGCUCUUCAAUGACAGAGUAAUUGUUUUGUUUGUUUUUUCUCAUAGGAGCGAGGUGGCAACAAUUCUUUUAACCAUGAAGCUCUUACGCUUAAGUACAAACUGGACAAUCAAUUUGAGCUUGUGUUUGUGGUUGGAUUUCAGAAGAUCCUGACUCUGACCUAUGUGGAUAAGUUGAUAGAUGACGUCCAUAAAGAGUUCAGGGAUAAAUACCGCAAUGAAUUCCAGCAGAAAGGCACUUUGGGGCUCCUCAAUGGCACAUUUGAUUUUAAAGAGGAUUUUUUACGCCUCCUCCAGGAAGCAGAGGACAGCAGUAAAAUCCGAGUUCCUACUGCCAUGAAGACGUUUGAACAGUCUGUAAAGUCUCAGAAGACUGUCAAAUCUAUGAUAGAAACCCGAGGAGAGAAACCAAAGGAGAAAGCCAAGAACAAGAAAAACAAAGGUUCCAAAAAGGAGGCUUCAGGAACCGAAGCUGCUGUUGUGCCCAGUAAAGCAGCCCCAGAUGCAAAGCAGAACCCUCCCAUGGCAGCCGGGGACAGGGAGGAACUGACCAAGGAUGAGAUCCUGCAAAAGAACCGUGAGGAAUUCUUCAGGAAACGCCUGAAAGGAGGAGAGAAGUCAAACAAGUCCCCAAAGCCUGAGACUCAGAAGGAGAAGGGGAAGAAGCCCCGUGUAUGGGAUCUGGGAAACUCUAAUGCCAAAGUACUCGAUUAUAGUAAUUCCACUACCAAUGGAAACACCGACACUUGUCCCACAGAGGAAUAUGACCCUGAUAUGGCCCUAGGAGAUCGAGAUCGGGAGCCUGGCCGCCUGUAUGAUCUUGAAUAUGAGAGUGAUGAAGAGGAACCAGAAGAGGAGAAGAUUAUUCAGAACCCUUCACAGCCCAGGGCUAAGAAGGGUGCUUUGGGAGGCAUGUUCGGGAUGCUGAAAGGCCUGGUGGGCUCCAAAAGCUUAACAAGAGAGGACAUGGAGUCUGUGCUGGAGAAGAUGAAGGAUCAUCUGAUCGCGAAGAAUGUUGCAGCCGAUAUCGCUGUCCAGCUGUGUGAAUCGGUGGCUAAGAAACUGGAAGGGAAAGUGAUGGGCACCUUCACCACGGUGACCUCCACAGUGAAGCAGGCCCUGCAGGAAUCCUUGGUGCAGAUCCUGCAGCCCCAGCGCCGUGUGGACAUGCUGCGUGAGGUCAUGGAUGCCCAGCGCCACCGCCGGCCAUAUGUCGUCACUUUCUGUGGCGUCAAUGGGGUUGGAAAGUCGACCAACCUGGCAAAGAUCUCUUUCUGGCUGAUUGAAAACGGGUUCACCGUCCUCAUUGCUGCCUGCGAUACGUUCCGAGCUGGAGCCGUGGAACAGCUGCGCACUCACACCCGCCGCCUGAACGCUCUGCACCCCCCAGAAAACCACGGCGGCCGCACCAUGGUGCAGCUCUAUGAGAAGGGCUAUGGGAAAGACGCCGCUGGCAUUGCCAUGGAGGCCAUUUCUUAUGCACGUAACCAGGGGUUCGAUGUGGUAUUGGUGGACACUGCUGGCCGCAUGCAGGACAACGCCCCCUUGAUGACGGCUCUGGCUAAACUCAUUGCAGUCAACACCCCGGACCUGGUCCUGUUUGUUGGGGAAGCCCUGGUGGGAAACGAAGCUGUGGAUCAGCUGGUCAAGUUUAACAAGGCCCUUGCUGAUCACUCCAUGACCCAGGUACCACGUCUCAUUGAUGGAAUUGUGCUCACCAAAUUUGAUACCAUCGAUGACAAGGUCGGUGCUGCAAUCUCCAUGACUUACAUCACUAGCAAGCCCAUUGUGUUUGUUGGUACUGGACAAACCUACUGUGAUCUGCGUAGCCUUAAUGCCAAGGCUGUAGUCACUGCUCUCAUGAAGGCCUAAAAUCCAGUUGUUGCACCAAAUUGCUGUUUGCAGCUGUCUCCGAAGAACAUGCUUUACAAUGUGACUGUCUUUUCAGUGUAGUGUAAAACAGAAUGAAGGGAUAACAGAGCUAGGGGCUGCUCUCUUCACCGUGUGCUUGAAUACAUCAGUGUUUUCACCAGUGCACAGCCUUCCUGUUACCUGGUGCAUGACUUGACUUGGAAGGAGUUUGCUAUCUUCAAUCAUGUUGUUUAUUCUGAUUAGCUACACUUCUUCCAUAUUUAUUGGCUAUAAAGCAAUUGUCUCCUUCAGGUGGAGCACCCUUGCCAGAACAGCUCUGUGGCCUUCGUCCAGCAAAAGCCCUUCUCUCCUGGAUUGCUCUGUUUAGUGGAAGCUGAAAUCAGAGCUUUGUAUUGUUCAUAUCUUUUGAGUGGUGGCUAAGAUCUGCCACAAACAAAGCAUCUAUGGACUACUGAGCUUGUUAAAGGUAUUGAGCCUAUGAGCCAAUCUGGAUGUUUAGAUGUGAGGCUUAGUGGGAUCCAAGAGCGUGAAUGUCCCAGUCCAGGGGCUAAUCCUAAGGCUAGCUUUGCACAUUCCAUAGAGCAGAAAUAGAUGCUGCUUAGUGACAAUUUGUGUAGCCAACCUGACUAAUACCUGCUGCUAGCUCUGAGAAUAGCAGCUCACCAAAGUUGAUAAACCAAAAAUAGUAAGUCUAGGCUGUUGUGCUUGUCAUGCAGGGACCUGUAGGGAUGAUGCUGAAAUUGCCUUAAGGUCCCUAGUUUCCCUGUCUCUGGAACUGUAGGACUCUGAGGGCUAUUUGACAGUGAGCCUAGGGUCCUUACUUUGGUCUAAGGCUGGAAUUGUUAGUUGCCAAGAGCUGUAUUGCCAUCAAAGCUGACUGAGCAUUGCCUGGCUUCUUGCAGGCUUUAGGGUAUAGGCUAGAACUGGUUUCUGUACUGCACAACCCUUUUUCUCAGAAGCUGUUUCUAUUAAUGACUCAUGCCCCCUUAGCUCCCUGGUGUUGAGGCUCAAACUGAUACUACCAGAACUCUUGCCUGCUGUCCCAACAGCAUUAGCUUUGGCCUCUAAUAAACCAGCUAGUGAAAUGAAACUUGUUUAGAGGAAGACAGUGCUGGCUGCUUGCUGCUUUCCUGCCCCCCCUUCUCCCUCCAUUCAGAGUGCCUCUAGAUCCUGGUCUGAAGUGCUACACAUUGAAUAAUACAAAACUCUAAGAUGUCUUGUAGCUCAGUAUUGCAGAUGUGCUAGUGCAAUAACUUGAAUGCUGUCUGCUAAAAGAAUUACAUAAUUUAUAUAAAAAUAAAUUUCAUAAA